GGUCUGUUUUUUUAGAUCGCGUCCACACAACAUCGUGACUCAAUGAUAACAACGCGGCGGCGAUCACUUUCUCUUUCACCCACACGUGUGGUUCCGACCAUUGGACUGAACCCGGUGUCAUGCUUCUCUCCGGGUAUCAACACGUUGCGCCUGCGCCCUGAACCGACGUGUCUUUUCCCCUCCUCAGUGUGAGGUAUGUUGAUUUGCUUUAGAACCCGCAGCUGCUGCACAGAGCAGAUCCGGAGAAGGACAUCAGACCCACGGACAACCCACAGCGACACACCCGCCUCCCGGAUCAUCCCUCUGGGGCUGAGACCGAGCAAUAUGCCGUCGAGAGCCGGAUGAGCCGUCUCGGUUUGGUUCUCUUUAAUGUGGAAGAGGCUCUCUCUCUCUCUCUCUCGCUCUCUCUCUCUCAUGCAUUCUGAAUGAUCCUCCGCAGCCAGCUCCACGUAUUGAGAUGAUCUAUUUCUGUGAUGGCGAAGGGUCUGUUUCCACGGGCCUGGGUGAAAAAGUCUUUCUAUUUCCAGGCUCGAAUCUCCUUUGUUCGAGUGAAGUACCUUUUCCUGACAUGGCUGACCGUGCUGGUGGGGAGCUGGGUCCUGUACGUGCAAUACUCGGCCUACACAGAGGUGUGCAGAGGACACGAGUGCAAGAACGCCAUUUGUGAUCAAUACAGGAAGGGGAUCAUCGAUGGCUCUGCCUGCAGCAGCCUGUGUGACAAAGAAACCCUCUAUUUGAGCAGGUGUCAGUCAACACUGCCAAACAACCAGGUAUACACAGGUAGCUGGGGGGACCAUGACGGAAUCAUCCGCUGUAAGCUGGGGGAGCUUUUGCACUACGAGCUGGGCGAGGAGCCGGAGCCUCGGAGGGAGUCACCCGUGUUCGACAAGCCCACCAAAGGCACAUCAGUGGAGAAGUUCAAAGAAAUGGUCUUCAAUCACCUCAAGUCUAAGCUUGGAGAGCAGGCCAACCUCGCCAGCCUCGUCAGCCAGAUCCUGUCUGUCGCCGAUGGCAACAGAGACGGACGGGUGUCCCUGCCAGAGGCUCGCUCCACGUGGGCCCUCCUGCAGAUGGACGAGGUGCUGUUGGGCCUGCUGCUCCAGGACCGGGGACACACUCCUCGCCUGAUGGGCUACUGCGGGGACCUGUACAUGACAGAGCGGGUCCCCUACGGGCCGCUGUACGGUUUGUCUCUCCCAUGGCCGCUGGUGUCCUGGGUGCCGAGCAGUUUGCAGCGCACCAUAGACCAGUGGUUCACGCCUUCUUGGCCUCGCAAAGCCAAGAUAUCCAUGGGUCUGCUGGAGCUGGUAGAGGACAUCUUCCACGGCACAUACGGCAGCUUCCUGAUCUGCGACCUCGCCGCCGCACACUUCGGUUACACCGACCGCCACGAGAUCCGUCUCACCAACACCGGAGCCGUGGUUUCCGAGGACGAGUUCAGACGCACCAUGCGUGUGCUGAAGUGCGAGACGGAUGCUGACUGCGUGUACGGGGUGGACUGCCGGACAUCGUGCAACGUGUCGGAGAAGCGGUGCAGGGAGGAGCCCAUCCAGCCGAACUUGGCGAAAGCAUGCGGUGCACUUAAGGACUACAUCCUGCGUGGGGCGCCGUCAGCGAUGAGGGAGGAACUGGAGAGGCAGUUGUACGCCUGUAUGGCUCUGAAGGGGAACGCUGGACAGAUGAACAUGGAGCACUCGCUAAUCCUCAACAACCUGAAAGCUCUGCUGUGGAGACAGAUCUCUCACACCAAGGACUCGUGACGAGGAGAAGAAAUCCUUCUCGAAUCAGUUCCUCACGUAGAGCUGAGUAUUGAAGAUGCUGUGAUAUAGAAGCUGCACAUUUAAAAGAGUCAUUUUUACCAACUCUUAACAACAUAAACUGAGUGAUGGAGACUCUACCUCCUCUGACCCAGUCACAGAAGUUCGGGGUCUGGAUUUACGUUUGCUGAAAUGAAUUAAACUGAAUGAUAGCAUGUUGCCAUCACUCACACAGACACGUUAUAUUGUAUCGUUCACAACUGUGGAAUGUUUCCUGAGUUACUGCUGGACAAAGAGCUGAGAGACUCAAUCGCUGUUUUUAUCACAGAUUUGUGGGUUAACUGAGAAGAGUUUAUCAUUUAGGAGUUUAUUCUAUUUGGGAAAACAAGGAUUAAAUCAGUGAUUGUUGUGCAAAAGCUCCAAUUUGAAGCUGAUGAAAUUACACUACAUUUAUUUACACCCCUUAAUUAUUUUCAACACAAGAGAUUUUUAUUUGGAUCUGCACCAAAUUGCACAGACUCAUAAAUAGCAGUCCCCUAAACAUUCUUGAUAAGAAUCCAUGAAUUAUUCUCUGAGAAGUCAACAAAAAUGUUGAAAAACAUUAACCUCGCAAUGUUCAGGAAUAUAAAAAAUCCAUUACUGGAUCCACUCUCUGAUUCUGAUCUGCACCAAAAUUGAAUGGGUUCUAUUUUGGGUCGUGCUCAAGCAGCUCACAAAAUUUUAUGGAAAUCGGUUUAGUCCUUUUUUGCUGCUGCGUAACAAACGCAAUUAAGUCAAAUUAAAAGCUUAAAUAGAUUUGUGAGGGAAUUGAACAAAUAUGUUAAUAUAUGGAUCCAGUGACAAAGAUAACUGAAGCUGUUCAUGGUGGCUCUUCUGGUAGUUGUCACUCAUCUGUAUGAUGAAGUGUUGGCAGCUGAUUAGCUUCAAUGUGAUGGUAUUCAUGUGUCAGUACUGCAGAGAAUUUAUACUGUGCCUGAGUUAACUUCAUCAUACUUAUACACAGGUUUUCCACCUGUAAGUGAAUCAUCAAUGCUGCACCAACGACACAGAGAAAAUAUCUAUGUAUUUUAUUUGGUCUGUGAAUGUUAUCUAUGUGUACUUUUCACUGAAAACAGCAUUUGUGGUAAUUGUACUGUAUCACCUUGUGUUUUGGGGAUUUUAUCUAUCACAGUGCCAGAGGUCAUGCUGAAGUCGUUCUCUGAUGAAUGUUUACCGCUGGUGACCGUGGAGAAGUUCACCCACACAUUUCACAUUUCAAUGAUACAUUAAAAAAUAUAUAUAUAUUUUCCAUGGUCCCCUCCAGACUUUGCAGAUGUAAAGAGCAGUGACAAUGUUGACAGCCUGACUUGUCAUGCAUUGUUACCAAUGCACCUCAGAACCGAUAUGACCUGUAAAGCACGUCAAGCUUGUGGUCAGUGCUGCUGUUUGAGUUUGGAAAAUGUAAAAAAAACACAAACAUGUUUACUUAUUGAAGAAACCAGCAUGAUUUUGCACAAUUAAACU